GAGGAUCACAUCUCUUUUCAUGCCGCCGAUUGCAUCACUUGCAGAUUUACAUUUUUUACCUCUCUCUUCCCCCUUUAAUCUCUCUCACACUCCCUGUGAAAAAAGUUAUCAACUUUGUCUUUUCCAAACCCUUUUUCUUCAACUUUCGUUUUGUUUGCUCUCUCUCUCUCUCUGGAUCGUAUCAGUAAGAAAUUGUGAAAACUCAGAUGAUUACUUCUCUGACCUGAAACCGCUCUCUACUCAUAUACAAAAAAAAAAGAGUGAUUUUUUUUGACGAACAGAGAGGCAUAUACCUAAUGGGCUCAGAGCAGCAUAGGUUUCUUCAGCAUCAGGAACAGAGGAAAAGGUGGGGAGGCUGUUUAAGAGUCUUCUCUUGUUUCAAGUCACAAAAGGGCGGAAAACGAAUUGUACCAGCAUCUCGCAUUCCCGAAGGUGGCAAUGUCUCAUCAGCAGCCUCACAACCAAACCAACCUGGUGGUGUAUUAAGUAACAACCAAGCCACAGGAGGAGGAGGAGGAGUUCAUUUGUCUUACUUGGCUCCACCGUCUUCUCCCGCUUCCUUCUCAAACUCUGCCCUCCCUUCCACCGCUCAGUCACCAAACAACUCCUACUUAUCCCUAGCCGCUAACUCAUCCCCUGUAUUAGGUCCUUCCUCUAGCAUGUACGCUACUGGACCCUACGCUCACGAGACUCAGCUUGUCUCACCUCCUCCUGUCUUCUCCACCUUCACCACCGAGCCAUCCACCGCUCCUUUCACUCCUCCUCCCGAGCUUGCCUGCCAUCUCACCACUCCUUCCUCCCCUGACGUGCCUUACGCUCGUUUCUUGACUUCUUCCUCCGUGGAUCUCAAGAAAGGCGGAGGCGGCCAUUACAAUGAUCUUCACUCUACGUACUCUCUUUACCCCGGGAGUCCAGCCAGUGCUCUCAGAUCACCGGUCUCUAGGGCUUCGGGAGACGGAGUCUCCACGCCUCUUCAGGAGUCUAACUUCUUCUGUCCCGAGACUUUCGCCAAGUUUUACCAGGAUCAUGACCCUUCGGUGGCUCAGAACGGUGGCAGGUUGAGCGUGUCCAAGGACUCGGAUGUGUAUCCUAGUAACGGAUAUGGGAACGGGAACAGGCAGACGAGGCAAGACAUGGAGGAGUUGGAAGCUUACAGGGCUUCCUUUGGGUUUAGUGCAGAUGAAGUCAUCACAACUAGUCAGUAUGUUGAGAUCAAUGAUGUGAUGGAUGAGUCUUUGCUCAAGGCAACAGCUUACUCACCAAGCGAGGGACAAAAAAUUCUUAGAAGAGAAGCGACUUUGCUCAGUCAAACGAGCUCCAAAUCAGAAGCUGAUCUUGAUUCUCCAAAAGAUCACAAACCAAGAAACAGAAUCCAUGCUGAUGAAGAGGCUUUACUGUCAAGAGUGGGAUCUGUGAAAGGUAGCAGAAGCUAUCCCACUGGUUUCUCAAGCUCUGAUGCAGAGGUGGAAUACAGGAGAGGAAGAAGUUUAAGAGAAGGCAGAGAGAACAGACACAGGAGAUUAGCCUGAUCAAGAACAACAACAGACAACAAAGCCACCAGCUAUGUUCUUUAAGUUGCAAUGCUAACUCUUUGAGAUAAGAAUCUAAGUCUUUUUAAGUAUAUAUAGGAAUAAUAAUGAAUAUAUAUAUUACAGAUGGUUUGUAGUAGAAACGAUGUGUUAUAUAAGCAAGGGUGAGAAGAAUAGUGAAUCCUUUCUUUUUUUUUUUUUUUAGUUUGUCAUGGUUUUUUUUUUCCUUUCUGUAAGACACAUCUUUCAUCUGAUUGCAGCAAAAUCUAUGUUGGGGUUCUUCA